AUGGAGAAGAACGAAGUAUGCACAUCGGAGUCCAUCGAUGGAAGCCGCGAUGUUUGGAGUUCCAAAUCCUCCGAUUCUUCCUCCGCAGAUCAUCUCGUUGUCAUGGUCAAUGGAAUUCUCGGAAGUUCUACUGAUUGGAAGUUUGCUUCUGAGCAAUUUGUUAAAGAGCUUCCUGAUAAAGUUUUUGUUCACUGUAGUGAACGUAAUGUGUCUAAGCUGACACUAGAUGGUGUGGAUGUUAUGGGCGAGCGAUUGGCAGAGGAGGUCAUUGAGGUGAUUCGAAGAAAGAAAAAUAUGCGUAAAAUCUCCUUUAUUGCACACUCAGUUGGAGGAUUAGUGGCACGUUAUGCUAUUGGGAGGCUGUAUAGGCCACCUGAAAAUGAACCUAUUCAGGAUUUGAGCAAUAAAGGAAGUAAGGUGGACUCAGUAGGUACAAUAUGCGGCUUGGAGGCUGUGAAUUUCAUUACUGUUGCUACACCUCAUCUAGGGUCAAGGGGAAAUAAGCAGGUUCCUUUUCUUUUUGGGGUAACUGCAUUUGAGAAACUUGCAAGUGGUAUUAUUCAUUGGAUUUUUAGAAGAACAGGUCGACAUCUGUUCCUUACUGAUGACGAUGAAGGAAAACCUCCAUUGCUUAAACGCUUGGUUCAAGACUAUGAUGAAUGUUAUUUCAUGUCUGCAUUGCGCACUUUCAAGCGUCGGGUUAUAUAUUCAAAUGUGGGCUAUGACCAUAUUGUUGGUUGGGGAACAUCAUCCAUUAGACGUGAUAAUGAACUUCCAAAGUGGGAGGAUACCCUCAAUGAAAAAUAUCCACAUGUUGUACAUGAAGAGCAUUGCAAGGCUUGUGAUACUGAGCAGUGUGACUUUACGGAAGAUAUCGGCUCUGACAAGAUAGAAGCACUUGCAGAGGAGCUGGUAACAGGCUUGUCUUGUGUGUCAUGGGAAAAAGUAGAUGUUAGCUUCCAGAGAUUUGCUGCUCAUAGUGUAAUUCAGGUUAAAGAUCGAAUCUCACAUAUAGAAGGUGCUGAUGUUAUACAUCAUAUGAUUGAUCAUUUUUUGACAUAA